UCAGUUUUUCAUUAAUCGCUGCGUAAGAAUUGAGUGUGAAAUAAAUAAAUAUUAAAUUUAUUAUUGUGUAAACUCCAAUAUUGUUAACAGAAGCUUCGUCUAAAAGGUUCACGGCCAUCGAUUGAAAUUCCGUAAUUCUAAGAACUUCAGCCUAUAUUGAAGGCAUAAAUCGGCACAAGUACCGAUGCUGUAAGGCGCAGACGGUUAAAUAAACAGCCGCCAUGUCGUCUGUGAAGGUGGCGGUGCGGGUCCGCCCCUUCAACUCGCGGGAGAUCGCGAGGGAGAGCAAAUGUAUCAUAGAGAUGUCCGGCAAUACCACAGUAAUCGUGAACCCAAAGGUUCCGCCGGGUUCCAAGGAGAGCGCAAAAAGUUUCAACUUUGAUUUCUCGUAUUGGUCGCAUAACCCAAGUGAUCCCGACUUCUCCGACCAAGUGAUGGUCUACAAGGAUAUCGGGGAAGAGAUGCUGCAGCAUUCUUUUGAUGGCUACAAUAUAUGCAUAUUCGCAUACGGCCAGACGGGGGCGGGGAAGUCGUACACAAUGAUGGGCCGUGGUGAGGACGGACAAGAGGGUAUUAUCCCUCAGAUAUGCAAAGAUCUCUUCCGGCGAAUAAGGCAGACUACUUCAGAGGACCUCACUUAUUCGGUGGAGGUCUCAUACAUGGAGAUAUACUGUGAGCGCGUACGCGAUCUAUUGAACCCGAAAAACAAAGGGAACCUUCGGGUUCGUGAGCACCCAGCACUGGGGCCCUAUGUAGAAGAUCUCAGCAAAUUAGCUGUCAUGUCUUAUCAAGACAUUUACGACCUCAUAGAUGAAGGAAAUAAGGCCAGAACUGUGGCCGCUACUAACAUGAACGAGACGUCGUCCCGAUCCCAUGCAGUUUUCACAAUAUUCUUCACGCAACAGCGAUACGACAAAACCACUAAUUUGGUUUCUGAAAAGGUGUCGAAAAUAUCUCUAGUGGAUUUAGCUGGUUCGGAACGAGCUGAUUCUACUGGAGCGAAAGGGACUAGGCUCAAAGAAGGCGCGAAUAUUAACAAGUCCCUUACUACGCUGGGGAAAGUUAUAUCCGCUCUCGCCGAAAUUUCGGCGUCCAAGAGUAAAAAAUCGAAGAAAGCGGACUUCAUACCGUACCGUGACUCGGUCCUGACUUGGUUGCUUCGUGAAAAUCUUGGUGGAAACUCCAAGACGGCCAUGAUAGCCGCCAUUUCGCCAGCUGACAUCAACUAUGAUGAAACAUUAAGUACACUCAGAUAUGCCGAUCGCGCCAAGCAAAUUGUCUGCAAAGCCGUGGUCAACGAAGACGCGAACGCGAAACUCAUUCGAGAGCUCAAAGAAGAGAUAUUCAAGCUCCGAGAGCUGCUCAAGGCUGAAGGCAUCGACGUUGAGGAAGGACCUGACGGUAGAGUCGUUUAUGAAAAGAAAGAGACCAGAGAACCUUCACCGAUGCGCAAAAAGAAUGAGGAAGAAGUGCUAUCGCCGAAGCUUUCUCGUGCAGCAACAACGAUUGCAGAAGAGGCGGUUGAUCAGCUGCAGGCUUCUGAGAAACUUAUUGCUGAACUAAAUGAGACAUGGGAAGAGAAACUCAAACGUACCGAGCAAAUCCGGGUGCAACGGGAAGCUGUAUUUGCUGAAAUGGGUCUUGCUGUCAAGGAAGGCAUUACUGUUGGUGUUUAUUCGCCCAAGAAGACACCACAUUUGGUGAAUUUGAAUGAGGACCCAAAUCUGUCCGAGUGUCUCAUUUACUAUAUCAAAGACGGUUUAACCCGCGUGGGAACAGCCGAAGCGAACGUACCACAGGAUAUACAAUUAUCCGGAUCUCAUAUUGUCAGUGAACAUUGUAUUUUCGAGAACACGGAUGGCGUUAUCUGUCUUAUACCGCAUAGUGGGGCUCUUGUCUAUGUGAAUGGAAGAGAGGUGACAGAACCCAUAAUACUUAAGACCGGAUCCCGAGUGAUUCUGGGUAAGAACCACGUAUUCCGUUUCACUGAUCCGAGUCAACCCCGGGAGGAACCGGUUAGCAACAAAAAGCUUGCUGAUACACCCGGAGUUGUUGAGAAAGACAGUGACACCACCGAAAAUCAAAAUGUGGAUUGGGACUUCGCCCAGUGUGAGCUGCUUGAAAAGCAAGGCAUUGAUUUGAAGCAAGAGAUGCAGAAGAGGUUAUGUGCGUUGGAAGAACAAUUCCGCAAGGAGAAGGAACAUGCCGACCAACAGUUUGAGGAGCAGAGAAAGAACUACGAAGCCCGUAUAGAUGCUCUUCAGCGUCAAGUGGAAGAACAGAGCGUCACCAUGUCAAUGUACAGCUCGUACACCCCCGAAGAUUUCCACAAUGAUGAAGAUAUAUUUGUGAACCCAUUAUUCGAGACAGAGUGCUGGUCGGCUCGCGAGGUGGGUCUGGCCGCGUGGGCCUUCCGCAAGUGGAAGUACCACCAGUUCACAUCGCUACGGGACGAUCUCUGGGGCAACGCGAUCUUCCUCAAGGAAGCGAACGCGAUAUCGGUAGAACUACGAAAGAAAGUUCAAUUCCAAUUUACGCUCCUCACCGAUACACCAUUUUCACCCUUACCGGCGGAGUUGGCACCGCGUGAUGAUGCAGAUGACGAAUAUCGCCCCAGUGCUCCAACUGUGGUGGCCGUCGAAGUCACUGAUACCAAAAAUGGGGCAACGCACUACUGGACAUUGGAGAAACUGCGACGUCGUCUGGAGCUAAUGCGUCAAAUAUACAACAUGAACGAGUCGGCAUGUUCUGAAGAUGACGAGCCGACACCGACGAUUCGUCCGCCGUCGCCCCCCAUACAAGCGAAACAAGACGAUCUAUUGCAGUGCAUUUCUGCGUGUGCGCAACAGACCAGACUGUCACUAGCCAACCUGUUACCUUCGAGACAACGCUUGGAGCUGAUGCGUGAGAUGUACCACAACGAGGCAGAGCUCUCUCCGACAUCGCCAGAUCACAAUAUCGAAUCUGUGACCGGUGGAGAUCCAUUCUACGAUAGAUUCCCCUGGUUCCGUCUUGUUGGACGGAGCUUUGUAUACCUCUCGAACCUCCUGUACCCGGUUCCGCUCAUUCACAAGGUCGCGAUCGUGAACGAGAAGGGAGACGUGAAGGGCUACCUCAGAGUAGCCGUGCAGGCGGUAGUCGACGCCGAAAAAAAUAACGCUGAUUUCGUAGCGGGUGUCAAACAGUCCGCUAAGAUCUCAUUCGAUGACGACAUCGUGCCCACUCGGUCACGAUUGAAGACUUUGUCAACCAUAGACAAGAACAACGCUAUUAAUUUAGAAGAUAGGCCUGAUCAGGACUCCAACAUUAAGAUUGAAGAACUAGCAGCUGCCGAGUGUGAUGCAGACAGUGGACGCGGAGACAGUUCUCUCGCGUCUGAGCUGAAGGAUGACGAGCUUCCAGAGCACUUGACACCGGGCAAGGAGUUCACCUUCCGAGUGACCGUACUCCAGGCCCACAGCGUGUCCACAGAUUACGCUGAUGUCUUCUGUCAGUUUAACUUCUUGCAUCGAAAUGAAGACGCCUUUUCAACGGAGCCAGUCAAAAAUGCCGGCAAGAAUACGCCACUUGGUUUCUACCACGUACAAAACAUUACCGUUCCAGUAACGAAAUCGUUCGUUGAAUAUAUUAAAACCCAACCGAUUGUCUUCGAAGUUUUUGGACAUUAUCAACAACAUCCUUUACAUAAGGAUGCCAAACAGGACGGUCCAGUGGCGGGUCGUACGCCCCCUCGUCGAAUGUUGCCACCCUCCAUCCCGAUAUCUGCCCCCGUGAGGAGCCCCAAAUGGGGGGCAGCCAGUGUGGCGCCCCCUUGCUGCUCCUCGCACCUGCACUCCAAGCAUGACUUGUUGGUCUGGUUCGAGAUCUGCGAACUGGCCCCUAGUGGGGAAUACGUGCCUGCUGUAUUCGAACAUAGCGACGAUCUUCCUUGCCGUGGGCUGUUCCUCCUCCAUCAAGGUAUUCAACGUCGUAUCCGCAUCACAAUUCUCCAUGAGCCAUCGUCGGACCUUCAGUGGACUGAUGUCAGGGAGCUUGUUGUUGGUCGCAUACGCAAUAGUCCUGAGGCGAACGAGGACACGACAGAUGGGGAUGAAGAUGGAGCCCUUUCCCUAGGUCUAUUCCCAGGGGAACGACCCAACUUAGACGAUCGAGCCGUAUUCAGGUUUGAAGCGGCAUGGGACAGUAGUCUUCACGGGUCUCCAUUGCUCAACCGAGUUAGCGCCAAUGGAGAAGUUGUCUACAUAACACUGAGCGCUUAUCUAGAGAUCGAAAACUGCGGUCGCCCAGCCAUAGUGACAAAAGACCUUUCGGUGGUUGUCGUGGGUCGUGAAGCUCGCACGGGUCGUUCUUUGCGACGCGCGUUGUUCGGAUCCAAGAUGGCGCGGGCUGACAGACUUACGGGCGUCUACGAACUUAGCCUGCAUCGCGCUCUAGAACCAGGCGUACAACGCAGACAGAGACGCGUACUGGACACUAGCGGCACCUACGUGCGCGGAGAAGAAAACCUUCACGGGUGGCGACCUCGUGGUGACUCCCUCAUAUUCGACCAUCAGUGGGAGUUGGAGAAAAUGACUCGGCUGGAACAGGUGGGACGUACAAGACACUUGCUGGCUCUGCGUGAACGUCUGAGGCAUGGCCAUGAGAACACAGUUGCUCCAAACGACUUUACUAAGACAGAAAAGGAGGUAUGCAACAUGGCGGCAAAAGCAGCGUCUGAGUGCGCACACACACGUGACGAGUCACUCUAUGAGCCAUGGGAAAUGUCACCAAAGGAGAAGGAACUAACCACUAAAUACAUCAAAUUGAUACAAGCUACUUCUUCAGGACGAAUAGGCACAAACACGAACAAAGAAGUGGAAACAGCAGUAUCUCCCGCGACUCCAGUCGACGAAGGCGUGUCUGCGGAUAUUUCCACCCCAAGUCUUCUUUCUUCUAUUCACAGUGCUAGCAGUUUUGAGCUCUGCUCUCCCGAGCGCGCUCUUCUCGAGAAAUCCAUAUCGGGCUGGGGCUGCGGUGUCGGUGCGCCCAUGGGCCCCAUGUCCGUCUCGGGAGUGGGAGGCGCCCUCUACGUGCCCGAGUGCGAGGAAGUGCGCGUGUCGGCCGCAGUGGCACGACGCGGGUAUCUUAACGUGCUUCAACAUGGCACGCACGGCUGGAAGAAACGGUGGCUGGUGGUUAGACGACCGUACGUAUUCAUGUACCGUGACGAACGCGAUCCCAUUGAACGUGCGCUCAUCAACCUCGCGAACGCGCACGUUGAGUACUCGGAAGACCAGGAACAAAUGGUCCGCAUGCCUAAUACAUUCAGUGUGGUGAGCAAGGAGCGUGGCUACCUGCUCCAGACCUUGGGUGAUAAAGAGGUCCACGACUGGCUCUACGCCAUCAACCCAUUACUGGCUGGACAAAUCAGGUGUGCGCGCACAGGUCGCGUUCGGCCCGGCGCACUACUGGGGAAAAGGGGUCACCUAACAAAGCCUCACCCGAGAAAGGACAGCUUGCAGCAUGAGACCUCACAAUGGAGUCUUUACUCGUUUAUUAAAGGCGUUGCCGACGGAAGAAUAGCGCACAGACCGCUCAGAGCCGUGCGAUCCGCCAGAUAUUGAAACCGGCCUAUGAGCUCCACUUACGUCCCACUUGAUAGGGUUUAUGAAAGAAUUGUGUCGGCCCAUAGUUUUAAAGAGCGAGAGAACUAUUACUGGUAAUUGAUACGGACGCGGUUACAAGAAAUACAAAUCUAAUAUUAUUGACAUCAAUUAUAAAAAAUUGAAUUGAAUAUCGCUGAGUCACUGCUGAGAGCAGUUUCUUUUAGAUUGAAAUUUUAAUUAAAUUGAACAAUUUUCAAAAGGUCUAUGACCAGAACUUCUUCACCAAAGUUUUCUUGAAAACAUUAUUUCAAUCUCAAGUAUUACGUACCAAUGUGGUAUAGUGAAAUUUGAUAGAUAUAUUAUGGAUUUGUGUUCUUUGUAACCGCUUGACACAAUUGAACACCCUGUAAACUGGUGUUGUGUGUGUCAAAAUGCCUAUUGUUAGAAUGUACGUAGGAGUAGUGAUGCUUUUCAUACAGAAAAGUAUCAUAAACUUUGAAAAAAAGGAACUCUCCAAAAUGGAAAACUCGUGGGACGAAAGUGGAUAAAAAAAUUCCGUGACUGGUUUGGUAGAAAAGAAAUUUACCAAAAAUUAUUUGCUUACUUUAGUAAGAUAUUUUCCAAAGACUUUCUAAUCCGAAAUUCUAUAUAUAUUUUUAAAUUAGUUGUAUCCUUCGGUGUUAUCGCGAUUUUCAGUAUUAAUUGCAUUUAAUGCGACGGUUCUAUACGUAAUUAUAGAUUUUAUAUUUUCGACUUGCUAUGGACAAGUGUGAGUUGGGACCAAACCGGUGCACAGAUGAGAGCUAUUUACAGAUUGUGGAGAACAAUAAUGUUUGUAUAUGGUAACAUUUGGCUGGCUUUAAUAUCUGCGGGACGCACAUCGUUUUGUAAUCUUUGAAUUGUAUUUGUAAUCGAUUUUAGACAAAUUGUUAGCGUUAUUGUCUUUGCAUCGAUGUUGUCAUUUUCUUGCCAAAUUUUUUGAACUAUAUCGUCAGGUUAGUAUUGGUUUUUGACAUUACAUGGAUAUGAUUGUGAUAGUUGCCAUUAAUAAAUAUUUUUAUCCUUAUCAAUAUACAGAUAAUUUUCUAACUUAACGCUUAGUUGACUCGACCGAGUCAAAUUAUUAUCUGUGGUAGCUGUAGCUAGCCAUGCAAAGACUCUAACAUACACAAAACUUAUAAAUGUAACGAGAAUAUGGUCUAAUGCUGCGCACAAAAAUAAUCGGCGAAUUCGAGUGGACUCCAUAAGUGAGGCGACUUACACGAAACCGACAUGUUUAAGGAAGUAUCUAGAUUUUCUUCUAAUGUUUCAUAAUUUAUUAAUAAUUAUCUUGUAUAUACGUAUGACCGAAUGCUAGUGGUUUAAGUUUGAGGCUCAAGGCCGAUUCAAAAUGGCGGUCGUCCGUAACGUCAUACGUAACAUUUUGUUUUAUUGUCGUUGAAUGUGCUAGCCUUGCGAUAAUGGGGAUUAGUUACGAUUAUAAACAACAUGGGCUGUUGUAGACUUCAAAUAUAUGAUCAUAUGAUCUGCUUAAGAGUCUAUGUCAAGGAUGGUGGAUCGAGAAUGUUGGACGUGAGGUUAGCACAUUUCGCAAUACAGUCCAUUAACAUCCCCGUUGUUUCAUACAACACUAGUAUUGAUUGUAAAUACAUUAUUAUUAUAAUAUUUAUAGUUAAUAUAGUAUAUGCGUUCCAGAUUAUUUACCCUUUAUGUGUCCAAUUUUAUUUACGAAUAAUUUAUUAUCACGAUUGAAUUUGAUUGUAUAAAGUAGGUUAAUGUUACGGUAGGAAUGGUUUUGCAACAGUUAAUUUCGGAAGUGUCCAACGUCACAAAUCGUUUGGGAAUAUUCUAGUCAUUCGCGGCGUAGGAUGUUGCGUGAUAGGGUAGUUCAUACAAAUAUGCUGUGCAUACAAUCACGACGUAGUUUGUUAAUAAUUGUCUCGGUGUUAUUUUCUCAUAGAUCUACCCUCGCCCUUUCGUUGUAUCAUCGUAGGUAGAUAAAUGUGACGGUAGGUGUUAAUUUCUCGAAUGUCCAGUUCUAAUCUUGUUACAGCUUCGAUUAAUGUUGAGUAAAUGUCACUGUCCUAUCGCUUCUAGGUGACUUUCGAUAUUAUAAAAUUAUUGAGCGUAAUUUAAGAUCUUGAAAUUUUUAAGCUUAAGUGAAUUUUGGUCAUUGUAAAUAAGUCUAAACAGUUUGUUUCGGUCACACUAAUACGAUUGCUUUUUAACUGACUUAAACCGAUUAUUCCACUUUUUUUGUUACAAAUCUGAUCAUAGGCACACUGACGUAGAAUCAUUGAACACUAACGAGUUAAUUAAGAUUAAAAUAGGGAUGUCAUACUGCAGGCACUGGUCAGGAGGUGUAGGCCCGUGCCUUUCAGGGUGACCAGAGCUAAAAAUAGUUUUAAGAUCAAAAGUAUUAUCCAAAUUAGGCAUGCUAUGUGUUAUUUCUGAAAUUACAAUAUACUCUUAGUGUUGUAUACUUGCUGAUCUGUUUGUUGAGACAUAUCGUCAACUAUUUCGAAUAUUUAAACUAAUGCUUGAAAUUCUCUUACCGUAGCCAUCCGUAGUUUGAUGGUAUGUCUCGUUAUUAAUUGCGUUGAAUUAUUUAGCAAUCUUUUGUACCUCACAUAAUUUAUGGAUCUCAAUAAUAAUAAUUGUUUAAUGCGUUCUUUUCUAGUCAUUUUUAUAACAUUCCGAUACGUUUCUUUCGAAUGAUAGGAUAAUGUAUUUUGCAUAGCAAAAUUGUGUUUGCGUAGAAAUAGCUACAGAUGGCGCGGAGGUGCCGUGAAUUGGUAAUAUAUUUUCUAUUUAGUUUUUUAGGUUUGCGGAGCUUCUUACGUAUUUUUGAAAUUUCGAAAGAUCUUUUUAAAUUAGAUAAUAUAGCAGCUUAAGCUGGAUUAUAUAUUAUAUUUUUAUAGAGUAUACUCGAAAGCUAUACUGUUAUUUUUAUAGAGUAGCGGAUGUUUGAGUUGACUGUUCUUCGAAACUUUGUUUUAUAUUUGAGGGAGCUUAUGUUUAGUGCUUUUUAUUAUAGUGAUGUGAGAGGGCUCCUUGUGAUUCGAUAGAGAUUGUUUGUUGGGCGAGAACGAUUAUGAAAUUAUAUAUAUUCUAUAUAUAAUUUAUGGAUUUCAUUCAAUUUAUGAAAAUAAGAACAAUGUAAUUGGUAAUAUUACUCAUUGCUCUAAAUGUACUAUCAAAUAUAUUAUACACAGUGUUAAAGGUCAUAAAUAAAAUGCUUUGAAAAUUUCCAAA